GGUACCUCCCGCGACCUUCACCAGAUCGUCGGUCCACCUAGUGGGAGGCCUGCCCACGCUACGUCUUCUAGGUACGCAAGGUAAAUGUUUGUAUCUAAUCCAAUACAAACGAAACGCGGGAUUUAGAUGUACUGCAAAUGGGCACUUAGUCCCGGGUUCGAUUACACCUAAUCAGGAUCUUAUUUAUGAAGUUCGGGUGCGACAGUCUACUUACUUACUCGUAGUGUAUUCUUUGUACUACUUACUAUGACUGUAUGUCCCUACUUUUACCAUACAAUCCCGUUUCUACCUCAUAGAUAUGUUUAAAAACGAAUUUACUACUUGAAUUCAGAGCUCAAGUAAUUCAAUCAUGGCUUUAUUUUGAGCGUUGUUGUUUGGAUUCGCAGUUGUUAAUGUCACGCUAAUAAUAAAUACGCUAGAACGUUCAAACAUUCAUUACUAUUGAUGGGUCGCACCUAGGGCUGAGCAAGCAAUGGCUACUUAGUUUCAGAGCGAGAGCGAAUUAAUUGCAAGCUUUCUAGGAGAUUCAAUUUCAAGGAAUGGCACAUCUAGAAGUCGUUACGAUGUACCUAUGUAUAGUAGCAGUAUGUAAACUAGUUACGAUAAGUAUGUCAUAUUUCAUUAUUCAUCCCUGGAAAUUAUUGAAGCAGUUAGGUACCUAACUACCUAUGCUCGGAAAAGCCUUUACUAAACUUGAUCAUUAUCUCAGAAUGCCGCUGAUAUCCGAAACUCCUUUUAUCAUCUUGGCGAUUGCACAAUAGUAAUUAAUAUAUUGAACCUAACAAAAUAUUUAUUGGCAACCUUAUGAAGAUAGGAAGGCAGUCUAUAAAAGAUCUUGGCGCCGCCCUAAAUUUCUCAGUCCCGCUCAGAUCGCGAAGUCGAGAUGAAUCUAUCACGAUACCCACACAGUUUAUUCGACCAAAGUUUCGGAUUAUGCAUCAGCCCCCACGAUUUGAUAUUCCCGUCGCACAAUUAUCACGGUACGAACUACUACAGGCCAUGGCAAUGGUAUCUACAAAGAUCAGAAAAAGAUUUUGGAUCGACAAUACAUAAUGAAAAGAACAGUUUCAAAAUAACAUUGGAUAUGCAACAUUUCCAACCAAAUGAAAUUAACGUAAAAGUUGCAGACAGAGAAGUUAUAAUCGAAGGGAAGCACGAAGAAAGGCAGGACAACUACGGGUUUAUAUCUCGGCAGUUUAAGAGGCGAUACCUCUUGCCUGGCGAUUGUAAUGCAGAUAGUGUUGUCUCUUCACUUUCUUCUGAUGGAAUCCUCACCGUGACUGCCGAAAAAGCUAAAGAAUCAAAAACUAAGGAAAUCACUGUUCCAAUCAAAAUGUGCGAUAGUUGUCCAAACAAACCCAAACUUGAAAAGAUGGAAAAAGAAAAGGUGGAUGACUCUAAGAAAGUAGAAAGUGCAUCAAGUAAAAAGAACAUGGAAAUAAUGUUGAAAGAAGAUCAUUGCUGUCUGUUGAAACCUGAAUUAUUGGAAGCUCCUUCUACAGGUGCAACCCAGAAGAUAUCAAUGGAGACUAAAAAAGAAGUAGAUGAAUUGACAAGAUCAAGAGGAGAGACAUCUGGACAAGCUACAAGUACUAAAGCAAAAGAAAAAAUAGAUGAUGCCUGUGCCCAGGGUAUUAGAACUAAAACAGAAAUAGAAAGUGCCAGUACAGCUAUCNAUAUACUUCUCUUCGAUAAAUACUUUAACACAUUGUGA